AGCGCUGCACAAGUCGAAGACUUUCAAUGGUGCAGGGAAUUUUGGAACAGGGCAUCGAUGACAUAGGACAUCAUAGACAGAACCAGGUUGCAUCUCAGACGCCAUGGUCAGUGCACAGCGCCGCUUGUGUGCCUUGUUGGGACACGUGGAGGCUUCAAUGGUGCCACGUUGUGCUCUGCUUGAGUGGAGAACAGUUGCAGCCGACCCGGUGGUAGCAGAUAUCGAAGCAGUGAAACGGGCGGUAGAGCAUUGCAAUGCUGACCAUGCGGAUGCUGUGUUGGAGAUGUCUCGGGCGUUUACAGGUCUUAGUGGUAUCCAAAAAGCUGUCAUGCUGUCAAUUGAUCAGUACGGCUUCGAUGUUUUGUGUGAAACGCGGGCCGGGCCCAUGCGAGGCAGGGUGCUUUUCCAGAAAACCAUCAACAGUGCAUCCCUCUUGCGCGAGAUUAUGAUGGAGACCACGCAACUGGCCCGAGACAAAUUGGCCGCUCAGAAAUGAUCAAGGUCCAACUUGUUUGUUUCAACAGCCAGCAGCGGCUAUGCAAGUAGCAGGCCGUGUGCCAAGCCAGACCAGUCGACCAGCGCAGGAAAGCAAA